AGUUAGCACCGCGCGACCCGCUCUCAAUGUAAAAAGUCUUUCUACAGUAAAGAUGGCGGAUGUGAUAGAGGACAUUGCCAUGGAGUGCAGCGACAAUGAGGAAAUUCUACCAAAAACCAACUCCGAGCUGGCAGAACUCAAGAAGGAGAAUGGCAACCAGCUGUACAAAAUUAAGCAAUACAAAUCGGCGUUGCCGCUGUACACGGAGGCGAUUGAUCUAUGCCCGAAGACCGCCUCCUACUAUGGCAAUCGAUCCGCCUGCUAUCUGAUGUUGAACAAGUACCGCGAGGCCUUGGAGGACGCUCGUCGCGCCAUCCAGCUGGACCCGACCUUCACCAAGGGUUACAUCCGCGUGCUGAAGUGCGGCAUCGCGCUGGGAGACAUCACUACGGCCGAAGGAGCGUUGAAGAAAAUCAACGAGAACGUGAUCAACACUACAGUCGCCGCGGAGAUGAGGCAGGUGGAGAUCCUGAAGCAGUACGAAGGAGAGGCGUUGAAGGCUUCCGAGAAAAUGGACUACAGGAAGAUCGUUUACUGCAUGGACAGAUGCCUGGACCAAUCGCCAACCUGCGCCAGAUACAAGAUCACCAAGGCCGAGUCCUUGGUGUUCCUCGGACGGUACGACGAAGCCCAGGAGAUCGCCAACGGAGUUCUCCAUCUGGACAAGGGUAACGCGGAUGCCAUCUUCGUGCGCGGCGUCUGCCUCUACUACGACGAUAACAUCGACAGCGCGUUUAAUCAUUUCAUACAGGUUCUUCGUCUUGCACCCGAUCAUAACAAAGCUAAGGAUAUUUACAAACGUGCCAAGCUGCUGAAGAAGAAGAAGGAGGAGGGUAACGAGGCGUACAAGACGGGCAAACAUUCUGAAGCGCACGCUCUUUACUCCGAAGCAUUAACCAUUGAUCCGAUGAACAAGAAAACCAACGCCAAAUUGUACUUCAACAGAGCACUGGUGCUCACGAAACUUGGCAAGAACGCGGAUGCCAUCUCCGAUUGCACGAACGCCCUCAAGCUGGACGAGAAGUAUCUGAAGGCGCUGCUGAAGAGGGCCAAGUGUUACAUGGAUUCAGGCGACUAUGAGGAGGCAGUGCGCGAUUACGAGCAGGCUUGCAAGAUGGAAAAGAGCAGGGAGAACAAGAGGCUUCUGCAGGACGCCAAGUUCGCGCUCAAAAAGUCCAAGAGGAAAGACUACUACAAAAUCUUGGGAGUGGAGAAGAACGCCUCCGAGGAUGAGAUCAAGAAGGCUUACAGAAAAAGGGCACUGGUGCACCAUCCGGAUAGGCAUGCUAGCGCCUCCGAAGCGGAGAAGAAGGAGCAAGAAAAGAAAUUCAAAGAGCUGGGCGAGGCGUAUAGUGUGCUUUCAGAUCAGAAGAAGAAGGCUCGGUACGACAGUGGACAGGACUUGGACGACUACGCCGACGGUGCUGGUAUGCACGACUUUGACGCCCAGCAGGUCUUCCAGACGUUCUUUACCAGUCGUGACUUCAACUUCGGAGGUGCACCUGGAGGUGGUGGCGGCGGCGGCUUCCCCGGGGGAUUCUCUUUCCAGUUCGGUUAGACACGUACACACCCACAAAACUACCCACAAGUAAACCAUCAAAAACAAACACUUGAAUACAAGAAGUUCCCCCUCCCUCGUACUGUCGUGUUUACUACAUUCCACAAUCAUACUGUUAUGAAUUCGGUAGUAUUUUU